AUGCACGGUUUUGGCUCGGCGGACACUGACAAAAAUUCCGAUGACGAGGACGAUGGAGACAGCACUUUUUUUUCAUUAUAGGUGUCUUGGGUGCGUAGACGGGGAGAGGAGCUUCAUUUACUCACUAUUGGUCUCGAUACGUACGCGAGUGACUCCAGAUUCUCCCUAGCCUUUGAGAAACCCAAUGAUUGGCGAUUGCUUUUACGUUCUGCUACGGAACGCGAUGCCGGCCUUUACGAGUGUCAAGUCAGCGCCCACCCACCAUUAAUCAGAACUGUCCAUCUAGCGGUGUCAGUGCCGAAGGUGGAGAUUGUGGAUGAGCAUGGUGCUACGGCUGGUGACAAGUUCUACAAAGCAGGUAGUACAAUAGAGCUGAAGUGUGUAGUCAGCAAUAUACCGCAACCCACUGGCUAUGUCACGUGGCGACACGGAUCUCGUACGUUAAAUUACGACACGACUCGUGGUGGCAUCAGCGUCAAGACGGACAUGGGUGCAGCUGGUGCGGUGUCUAGGCUCUACAUUGCAAAUGCGAAUAAAAAGGACAGCGGGAACUAUAGCUGUGCUCUGGCGAACGUAGCAGCAGCCACUAUAGUAUCCGUCCACGUGCUAAACGGAGAGAAUCCGGCUGCCAUGCAACACGGCGGUACCACGGCCCCGAGAGCGACCUUUAUCUUUACCGUUGUGGUAUCAUUAUCAUCGCUCUUAAGGUGA